AUGGCCGUUUCACGAUUUCUCAAUCUUGAACGAAAACUUAUGAAAGACCCUGUAUUAUACGACCAAUACCAAAAAUGUAUGCUUGAAUAUGAAAAAUUAGGUCACAUGACAGUGGCUACCGGUCCCGGAAAAUAUCAUAUCCCACAUCACGCGGUGAUUAAACACGAAAACAACAAAAUUAAACUCCGCGUGGUAUUUGACGCAUCGGCUAAGUCAUCAUCAGGGAUAUCACUAAAUGACAUACUACAUGUAGGUCCAAAAUUACAAACGGAUAUAUCGGAUUUGUUACAUCGGUGCUGGUUACAUAAAUUUAUGUUUACAGCUGAUAUCUGUAAAAUGUAUAGGCAAAUAACGGUAGUUCCGGAAGAUCGUCAAUUCCAACACAUUAUAUGGCGCACUCACAUUGAACGGCCAUUACUUGAAUAUGAGUUAAAUACGAUCACCUACGGUAUUACAUCAUCACCAUUUCAAGCUAUUAGAGUUUUGCAUCAGUUAGAACGUGACGAAGGCAGUAAAUACCCGUCCGUAGCUAAUACAUUGUCAGCCCAAACCUAUGUUGAUGAUAUAAUAUCGGGUGACAAUACCGUUGAAGCGGUGAUUAAACAUCAACACGACGUAACGCAAUUAUUACUUGGUGCUGGUUUUGAAUUAAAGAAGUGGUCCUCCAAUUGCAAUGAGUUACUUCAGAGCAUACCACCCGAAGAUCGCGCCACGAAUAUAACAUUCGAGCCGAAAGACAGCUCCACCAAAAAAAUACUAGGUCUCCAAUGGGACCCAAGUAGUGAUACAUUUAGUUAUCAUACAAAUACGUUGUCAUUAACCAAUACAUAUACGAAACGUUUAAUAUUGUCCACCAUCGCGAAAUUGCCAACGUUCAAUGGGAUGAUCGCAUACCUCAGUCUCUCGCGGAUACAUGGAAACGAUUUUCGGCGGAAAUACCGGUUUUCCGAUGCAUCGGAGAAAGGAUAUGCCGCUAUUGUAUAUCUUCGACACGUGCACGACAAUGGUCACAUAUCAAUAUAUUUUAUUACGGCGAAAUCCAAGGUAGCCCCGCUAAAAAUAACCAACCAUAAAACUGAAUUGACGAUACCCCGCUUGGAGUUAUGUGGCGCGUUGUUGUUAUCUCAAACAAUCAAUCGGUUAAUGACGACAUUUAACAACACCGUUACUAUUUCCGCAGUGCAUGCAUGGACGGAUUCACGCAUCGUUUUAUCAUGGCUCACCUCAGAACAAACGGAGUUCAAGAUAUUCGUAACCAAUCGACUGGCGAAAAUCGCGGAGCUAACUCCUAGUUGUAAUUGGCAUUAUAUUUCGUCCGAACUGAAUCCAUCAGAUUGUGUUUCUCACGGUUUGUUUCCAUCAGAAGCGAUAACGAACAAAUUAUAUUGGAACGGUCCGCCAUUCCUGACAUUGCCAGAAUGCGAGUGGCCGGUUAUAUUUUUCGAACCAAUUCUAUCAUCCCUACUCCCGGAGGUUAAAGAAAUGGGUCCGAAAACUCUAACUAAUUUAGAUGCUACGUCACAUGUCAACGACAAAGAAUGGGUUGCUCGUUUUUCUUCGGUGACCCGCUUACAGAGGGUCAUGGCGUAUGUUUAUCGGUUUAUUCAUCGUACUCGCAAAAUUGUAUUGUUACCUAUUGAUAAAUCCCCAUAA